AUGCAGUCUACCGACAGGGACCACUUCUUCGAGACCGAUGCGUCACAGGCACAGCGCGAGAGAAAGGCGGCCAAGGCGGGCAACAAGCAUGGCAACCCCGUGGAAAUGAAGUCCAAGAUCCUGGCGGCCGUGUCGGAUCCCGCCUCGCCCCUUACGUCUAUAUUCAUUGCCGAGUCCGCAGGUUACGUUCGUCGGGUGAACCUUGAAUCUUCGGAAGUAACAAGCACAUACCGUGGGCCUCGUGCGCCGGUCACAUGUCUAGCCGUAGGGGGCGCCCAGAGCAAAACCAUCUUUGCUGGAUCAUGGGACAAAGACAUAUGGUCCUGGGAUAUCGAGUCGACGCAGCCUAGGCGCAAGUACAGUGGCCAUUCAGACUUUGUCAAGAGCGUCAUUACCGCCCGCGUCUCGGGUAGGGAUCUCCUCAUAAGCGGCGGUGCGGACAAGAAAAUCAUGGUUUGGGAUGUCGACACGGGUCGUCGGAUACACACGAUCCAAGACCCGGCGACAACAAUGCUCGCCGUGCAGCAUCUUGCGACGGACCCCGUCUUGAGCACGCCCGAACAGCUCGUCCUUGUCUGUGCGAGCAGCGAUCCACACAUCCGGCGAUGGAAGGUUUCCGCCGAUGGCUACGAACAGAUGCCUGAGUCGUUUCAUGAUCGGCCCGACACGGAGCGCCUCACCAUCGAGGAGCACGACACGAGCGUGUACAAGCUUUUAUUUGAGACGAACGACGAGGGCGGCGACAUGGACCUGUGGACGGCAAGCGCCGAUGGCACAGCCAAGUGUCUCGCAAGGUCUCGGAACUUUCUGGCCGAGGACACCUUCUUGCAUGGCGACUACGUCCGUGCCGUGCUGGUGACGGAGCAGUGGGUUGUGACGGCAGGACGUGACGAAAACGUCAAGGUCUGGGACAGAGCUACAGGAAAGCUGUAUUGCACUCUCGAUGGACAUUUUGAGGAAGUCACGGACUUGGUAUUGCUGCGGGAUUCCCAUGGGCGGCCGCAGAAUAUCUGCAGCGUCAGCAUCGACCGCACCAUUCGCACAUGGCCUCUCGCAAAGGCUGAACUGGACGCCGUGGUCAAAGAGAUGCAGGAGCCCCCGAAACCGAGCAGCGAAGAGAAGUCCAACGACGACAGUGGAGGUGGUCUGCUGACAGCGGAAGAGGAGGCUGAGCUGGCAGAGCUCAUGGACGAUGAAGAUUAG